ACAGGCACGACAUCAGAAAAUAGGUGCACGAGUUCAUCACCCCCAGCAACCACAUCGACACGACAACCGACCAUGGACGACAUCCUGGCAGCGUUUGAGGAUGCACAGGGCUCCGUUGCCUCUGGUCUGGAGGCGGUGCAGUCGUCUGUGACAUCUGGCAUGGACGCCGUGCGCGCAGCUAUUGAAGCCCACGUUGCAGAGCUCCAACUCCGGGAGGAGGAACUGGCCCAGCGUGAGCAGGAGCUUCGUGAGCAAGAGGAGCGUCUUGAGCAGCAGCGCGAGGAAAUUGCCUCCAUUCGCGAGCUCCAAUCCAAGACGUUCUCUGUGAAGCUUGGCGGCACCGUGUUUGAGUUCUCCCACACCACCAUCCAAGACGUGCCCGAGGAGAGCUACCUUGCCAACUGUUGCCGCGUCUUUGAAGAAACACAGGAGCCCGUGUUCGUGGAGCAAAACCCAAACGAGUUUCAAACUCUUCUCAACUACCUUCGUCGUGGGCCAGCUUACUUGGAGACGCUGUCGCAGUCUGAACGCAUCCAUCUCGACGCCAUUGCUCAGUUCUUCGGCGUCCCGAUUGAGGAUGACACGAACGGGCCUGCCGAACCCCAGACCCCGCCCGACUACCACCCGGAGAAGCAGGCAUUCGUGCUGCCAGCUGUGUCUGCGCCCAAUCCAACCGCCCUCGAUACAGCCCCAACAGCGACAUCCUCGGCCACAACGGCCAUCGCGCCUCCGCCAGCAGCACACGCGACAACGGAGACACGAGCGCCAAUGGCGGCAGUGCCAACGGCGGAGGAGUCUGUGCCACAACCGCCACCCGUGGCUGUGACGCCACCCCCAGCCCACGUUGCCGCUGUGAGCGCAGCACCUACUCAGCCGGCCACCGACAGCACACAGCCCGCUGCCGUCGCACCACCGCCUGCGUUGGAAUCAGCAGCCCCACCAUCAGCAGCCCCACCAUCAGCAGCACAACUGCCAACAGCAACAGCAAGCACAGCAGUGACGCCAGCAGACACCGCCGCAUCUGCUCCCGUGGACGCAGCGCCGCUGUCGCCGGCAGCACCGACGAGUGGCGAGCUGACGACACAGCCACAACCACAACCGGGCAACGCUGCCGCCCUCUUCUCGCCGGCAAGCCAGCCAACUCAGCCAACUCAGCCAACUCAGCCAACUCAGCCAGCACAGGCAGCCGUUCCCGUACAGUCAACUCAGCCAGCAGUGCCAGCACAGCCAACGCAACCAACGCAACCGCCCUCGCAACCCACACAGCCGGUGCAAUCCACGCAACCAGUACACCUGCCAACACAGCCCGUGCAGCCAACACAGCCCGUGCAGCCAACACAGCCCGUGCAGCAGCCGAUGCAGUUCUUCAUGCCGGGCCAGCAGCAGACAAACGGGACAGGUGCGCCCGCACAGCCCGCUGCAGCAGCAAACACACAUGCACCUGCACCUGCGCACGCGCGCACAGGCGGUGUUGGCGGCGUGUCGAUUGGCGCCAUGACGCAAAAGGACAGGGACGAGGGCGGGUGGAAUGAUGUUCCGGCAGUCAUCCCAACCAAGCGACCCAACCCGCGCUUCGGUUCCAGCUCGUCGCAACCUGCGCAGCCAAUGUUCUUCGACCCAACAAAGAACGCACCAGCACCGCCUGUUACGGAGCCCGAGCAGCCAAAGGUCCAGCCGCAGGCGUCGCCGGAAAUGGUCACGUUUGUCAACAGUCUCCGCACCAACGUCGAUCUCGCCCUCAAGUCCCUCGAUGCAAAGCACGCGACGCGGGUGCGGAGUGCGCUUGACCAGUUCUUCAACGGGCUGCUCACCAACAGCGUCGCCGUCUCGUCGGAUGUGCUUGGCCACAUCCAGAACUUUGUCUUUGCCGUCCUCAACCGCGACAUCAACGAGGCCCGCAGGAUCCACGUCGAGCUCGUCAGCGCCUCGCAGGUUCCUCAUGUUGUGAAUGCGCUCAAGCGGUUCCUGCAAGCGUGAUGGCGGUUAUCGCCUGCUGCUUCCGCUGUUUUGCUUGGUGUUGGUGUCGUGUUGUCCAUGAAUGAACCGAGGAAUACGCAA